CUGUAAUAAAGGGGAUUUCUCAGACAGCUCAAGUAUUAGAAAUGAACUUCUGGAGAGCAGCUCAGUCAUUUGGAAGUCUGAAAUAAUCUCAGUCCUUUUGGUAAAAGUGAGUGAUUUUUGCAUUUGUCAAAUGGACCGAAAGUAGUAGCUUAUAUAUAUUUUUUUCUUGGUUUCAAAGACAUUUCAAGUAGCUUAGGUUAUUACUGUGGUGGGAGACCUGUCUGUCCUCCGAGGGCGCUCGUUUUAAUUGAAGCAGAAAAUGGGAGAUAAUAAGCGCGCCCCACAGGACGGGAGCGCACAGGAGGCGAAGGAUAACGGUCCACGUUUGGGAGCGGAGGGUCCGGAUGCCGCGGACCACAUUGAAUGCAGCAGCAUCCCAAACGGUGACAGCGGCUCUGCGGCCCCAACACGUUUAUACAAGAGGCGCUGGGCGAUCGUGUUCCUGUUCAGCUUUUACUCCCUGAGUAACGCGUACCAAUGGAUCCAGUACGGGAUCAUCAGCAACAUAAUGAUGAAGUUCUACAGUGUGGACGGGUUCGCUGUAGACUGGCUGUCCAUGAUCUACAUGCUCACCUACAUCCCCUUAAUCUUCCCGGUCACCUGGCUGCUGGAUAAGAAGGGGCUGCGGGUCACCGCGCUGCUGGCCAACGCGCUCAACUGCGCCGGGACGUGGAUCAAGGUGGCAAGUGCCAAACCCAAUCUGUUCGGGGUGACCAUGCUCGGACAGUUUGCGAGUUCCUUCGCGCAGGUCUUCAUCCUCGGGAUGCCUUCCCGCCUGGCAUCGGUCUGGUUCGGCGUGGAUGAGGUCUCCACCGCCUGCUCCAUUGGAGUUUUUGGUAAUCAGAUGGGCAUUGCCAUUGGCUUCCUGAUCCCACCCAUCCUUGUGCCUAAUGUGGACGAUAUGAAUGAGCUGGCUCAUCACAUCAGAAUCAUGUUCUACAUCAGCGCAGGAGUGGCCACCCUCAUCUUUAUCCUCGUGGUCAUCGUGUUUCAGGAGAAGCCAGAGAUCCCUCCCACCCAGGCCCAGGCUCAGGCCAGGAACCUCUCCCCCGACGAGUACUCGUACACAGCUUCUAUCUUGAGGCUGCUGUGCAACAAGCCCUUCAUGCUCCUGGUGGUUAGCUAUGGGCUGAACGUUGGCUGCUUCUAUGCUGUUUCCACUCUGUUGAAUCGGAUGAUCAUUGAACACUAUCCUGGUGAGGAGGUGAAUGCUGGGAGAAUUGGUCUGACUAUAGUCAUUGCUGGCAUGGUGGGGUCCCUCAUAUGUGGCAUUUGGCUGGACAAGACCAAAACCUACAAACAAACCACCCUUGCCGUAUAUCUCCUCUCUCUGAUUGGGAUGCUGGUCUACUCCUUCACCCUCAACCUGGGUCACCUGUGGGUGGUGUUUCUCACCGCUGGAGUUUUAGGCUUCUUCAUGACUGGAUAUCUACCUCUGGGCUUUGAGUUUGCAGUAGAGCUCACCUAUCCAGAAUCAGAGGGAACAUCAUCCGGGCUGCUUAACUGUUCAGCUCAGAUCUUUGGAAUCAUUUUCACCAUCUCCCAAGGGAAGAUUAUUGACAAAUGGGGCACUUUAGCGGGAAACAUCUUCCUGUGUAUCUUCCUGCUAAUAGGAACGGUAAUGACAGGAUUCAUCAAGUCUGACCUUCGACGACAGAAGGCCAACCUACAGGCUGAGGUGCAGACAGUGAGUCCUACAGACUCCGUGUCAUCGACGCAGGACUAUGGGGCCACAGCGUGCGUCGCCACCUGGCAACGGCAGUCUUGACAUAAACCCACAAGCUCAAUAAAACCAAAACGCACACCUGUUAAGAAAAUGACAGCUGAUCUGGAAGGAACUGUCCCUCCAAGUGAAAGCCUGAAAGAGAGGAAGUUUUAAGGAGGACAGAAAGAAAUACUCGCACACCAACAAUCAUAAACAUGCACACGUGGCCACGAUGGAAAAAGUUGCUGUGAAGAGUGAUUACAUGGAGACUGAAUCACACUGAGCUGCCCUCUGUAAGCCUUUAUUAUUGCGGUAAGCACCAGCAGACCGGCUGUAUAUUUGAACUGUACGGACACCAUACUCUGGCCUGAACACCGGAAAUUCACACUGAUAUUCCCAAGUGCAACUUAGCUCAUCCCAAAGCAAGCACAAGUCAAUCAUGCACAAGGGAAACGCACAUGGAACCUAAAUGUUUUUUCCAUCUGGAGACAAAAACAUGAAUUUUAUUCAAUAUAGGCAUUUUAUAUGUCUUGUCAGUGCAAUUUAACUGCCAUUUUACUACACUCCUCAACUGAAUUCAACUGAAUUGUUUUCAGAGCCUUUACCGUCCUCCUGUGAUUAGUGUUCAUGUGUUUUAUGCAUCUGAUGAGCAAUAUUUAAACUGUGAGUGUUUCCUAAUAUUGGACCAACAUUGUACAGUAACUGAAAAAGUAUUUACAUUGCUGAAGGUAAUUCAUUUUAAGGGUUCUCUUUUUUUUUUAGAAUAAGCAGACUGUGACUUGUUUUCCUGACAUGGCAGUCACAGUUUCAUAUUAUCUCUGCCUGCCAUUCAGGAUCACAUGGAAGUGUUACGUCUGAAUACUGCUGAUUACAAAUAUGAUUGAUGCUAUGCAUCUGAGUACACUUUGGAAGGUCAGUUUUGUCCUUAUUUUACUGUAAGUGAUCUCUACAAGACAUUUAGUGUUAAAUAACUGGAUCAACAUACGAGAGGAGUCAAAUCGAUGGCUGUGAUUAUCAUUUUGCACAAGAAAAUGUUUUUAUGUGUAAUACUGAGAAAUGUAGUCCAUGCUGUGUAACCAGUGUUUGUACAGUUUGUCAUUUACACGUUUUACUGUUGUGGCUAGUUGUUCAUCAUCCUUUUUUUUAUAUAAGGAUUAUGUGAUUUUGAGAGGUGCUUGUUAAAUCUUUCAGUGGCAUUAUUAUGACAUACAGUAACAGUGCUGUGAAACAGUUUCCACACCCCAUUUUGUAUUCUAUAGACUCUAGACUGGAUACAAGGUGUAAUGUUCCCUAUAAUGCUAGGGUCACUGAAAAUACAAAUCAGUACAUUAAAAACAUAAAUGGGAGGAUUCAAUAGAAUUUGUUUUGUUCUCUAUCUAAUUGGAUAACCUCAAGAAAAAAGUUUCACUGUAUGUAUCUGUGUGUAUCCAUCCUGAACCAGAAAAGGCUAAAAAGACAGAAUUAGCAGAAAAUAACUAAUUAAAAAUCCUUUAUCCACUUCCUCUCAGCACAUUAUAUUAAAUAUUUGUCAAAAAUCAUGAACAAAGUAUACUCUUGGAAACAUGUCUCAUACUCAUUUGUAGUUAAUAAAUACACAUCAUUCACUUGUUA